GUAACUUUUUUAGACUUGCGAAACAAAAAAGAUGCUUAUUUAAAUUUAACUGCGCAUCCACAGUUUUUCAAAAAAUACAAAUUUUCAAAAUAAUAGACGUUUCAUCUCCAGGUUCGAAAAUUGGUGCUCUUUAUGUUGAUGAAAAAGCUAAAUAGUUAAUGCAGGAAUUUUUACUGCGGUAGAAAAUUUAAAGCUGUCGUAAAAUGCAUAUUAUAAUUUUUCAAUUUAAAAUAUGGACAGUUUUUUUAUAAUUAAAUAUUUGACAUUAUUCAAAUGAAAAAAAAAAACUGUUGACUUAUGCUACGGUAAUAUAUUGUGCUUCCAAUGCGGCGAUUAUGUGUACGACCGUGAGCUGCUGACUGUCGCUAAAGCACAAUGGAGCGAGUCAGCAAAAUCAUUGUGUUUAGGAGAAUUUUAUCGAGCUUGGGAACCGACACAAGUGGAAGCCGAUUUACUCAGAAAACAUCCAAGACGGCGACGUGUUGUAGAAAAUUCAACGAUUGGUCUGAGAGGUCUGAUAAAUUUAGGGAGUACGUGUUUCAUGAACUGUAUCGUUCAAGCAUUGACUCAUACUCCAUUGUUGCGGGAUUAUUUUCUCGCGGAUCGUCAUCACUGCCCGCAGCCAAGCCGCUGUUUGGUUUGUGAAGUUUCUCACUUGUUUCAAGAAUUUUACUCCGGAAGUAAAGCGCCCCUGACACUACACAAACUCUUGCACCUGAUAUGGACUCACGCGAGACAUCUGGCUGGUUAUGAACAACAAGAUGCUCAUGAAUUUUUCAUCGCCACUCUGGAUGUCUUGCAUCGUCACUGCGAAGCUGCUCCAAUUCUUGUCAAGGACAAUCCUCAUCAUUGUAACUGUAUUAUUGAUCAGAUAUUCACCGGUGGAUUGCAGAGUGACGUCGUGUGUCAGUCUUGCAAUGGAGUCUCGACGACAAUUGAUCCAUUCUGGGACAUAUCUCUAGAUUUAGGUCCUACUGCUGGUGCCUCCGGUUCAGAUACGAACGGACCGCCCACAUCUUUGCUCGACUGCUUGGAACGAUUUACCCGUGCUGAGCAUUUGGGUUCGAGUGCUAAAAUAAAAUGUAGCAAGUGUCAAACUUAUCAAGAAAGUACCAAACAACUGACGAUGAAACAACUGCCGAUCGUUGCCAGUUUUCAUCUCAAGCGUUUCGAACACUCCAGUAUUCAGGAUAAAAAAAUUUCAACUUUUAUUUCAUUUCCGGAGCAACUUGACAUGACGCCUUUUAUGUCGCACCGACGUAACGGCAACAACAAUAGCGCUGAUAUUGAAAAAAUAAUUAAGAAUGGUGAGGAUACGGCAUUCAGUGAUAAUAGAUAUUCAUUGUUUGCGGUUAUUAACCAUGAAGGAUCUUUGGAGACUGGUCACUACACGGCUUUCAUUAGACAGCAACGUGAUCAGUGGUUUAAAUGUGAUGACCAUUUGAUCACUAGAGCGAGGCUUAAAGAUGUUUUAACAAGUGAAGGAUAUCUAUUGUUUUAUCACAAACAAAUUCUUGAGUACAGCCGUAGAAAUAAAAUCUAUAAUUUUAUUUUUGAGUCACGUAGUCAUGAAACAAAAAUGGACGACUUGACAUUUGGGUCGCACAGACUAGUUCAUCUUGAUCUUAAAGGUGCACCACCACGAGUAUCUUAUUUUGAAAAGUUAUUCCCAUUGCUGAGGACAUGGGGAGCUACUGGAUUAUUAUUAGAAUGGGAGGACACAUUUCCAUAUAAUCGGGAAUUGUCUACUAUUGGGAGCAAUGGUCCCAGUAGUCUGGGUAGCGGAUAUACAAUUCAAGAAGCUCAGCAAAUUCUUCAAAUCGCUGGCGAUUGUGGUCUAGCUGUCAUACCUUUAGUUCAAACAUUUGGACAUCUCGAGUUUGUUUUAAAACACGACGAAUGGAGAUCAUUGAGAGAAGUAGAAAACUUUCCAAGCUCAAUAUGUCCAUCGAACCCUGGCACUUUACCUCUUGUAAAAUCACUAAUCCGUCAAAUAGUUUCCUUCCAUCCUGACAUACAGUAUCUGCAUAUUGGAGCUGAUGAAGUCUGGCAUCUCGGUCUGUGUGACGUCUGUUCUAAGCGGGCGAGUUUGAGUAAACAUGGAAAAUUUUCACUUUACUUGGAACAUGUAAUGGCAAUUGCUCAGUACAUUAAAGAAAUGUAUCCAUGUUUGAAGAUUAUCAUCUGGGAUGAUAUGAUGAGAUCAAUAGGCUUAGAAGCUCUAAAUGAGCAUUAUGUUGGAAAAUAUUUGGAACCUAUGAUAUGGCAUUACAAUUCACGUGAAACAUUUUCUCUUUCCCAAGAACUUUGGAAUAAAUUUAGUGCAGUAUUUCCAAAUAUAUGGGUUGCAACAGCCUACAAAGGAGCCACAGGAUCAACACGCCAGCUUCCGGUGAUAAGUCAUCACAUAAGCAAUCACGAGAGGUGGCUGGAAGAGCUCGGUACUCAUGUUAAUAAAAUAAAUGAAUUUCGUGGGGCUGCAUUUACUGGAUGGUCAAGAUACGAUCACUAUGCGACAAUGUGUGAACUUUUACCAACGGCGAUACCCUCGCUGGCACUUUGUUUAAGAGUAUGGUUGCACGGAUACUCGGAACAAACGCACAUGCAAGUUGCCAAAAGUCUAGGGUACAUUGAUCACCCGCUGCACAUUAAUCCGCAGAUUAGACCAGCUCCUAUUCCUAGUAAUUUGUCGUAUCCCGGGUGGCAAUUAACUGGCGGUAUUGAGUGGUUUUUAAAUUUUAAAAUUAAGUAUGACAAUACAGUUAACAGUGAACAAAUAUUAACGUGGAUGAAUCCAUGGCAAUUAGCCAAUAAUUAUACAAAUCCAAUGCAACUUGAGAGUUUACUUCCUGCAUUCACUGACAUGCUGCUUGAACAUUCAUCAUUAGAGUCUUACCUAAAAGUUCAAAUGGAAGCAAUAUUUUUUGCGCCGACGAUAGACGAAUGGAUUGGGACACAUUUACAACCGAUAAGGAAUAAGUUAUUAGAACUAAAACUUACUGUUGAGAACCAGAUUAAAAUUAAUAGUCGUAGUUAAUUUUAUUUAUUUAUUUAUUUAAUUAGCUUUACUUUUAUUAAUUCAAAGACUGAGUUGUUGAUGAAACAGUAACAGAGAUAAUAAUGAUCAGUGAUCUCAUUCAAAGCGUUCCAAUUCAGCUUAUUUUUUAAGAUUAAUUAAUAAUGAUAAUUAUUAUCUAACAAUUGUAAAUAUAAAUAUUUUUCUCUUAAAAAAAAUAUUUAUUUUUUAGCUACUAUAGGCAAAGAUAUAUAAAUGUAUAUUCAAUAAUAUGUCAUACUGUCAAAUUAUAAAAUUUAUCAGUCAAAUUAAUUUAGUGUAGACUUUUAGACUACUCAGGUAAAAAAAUAUUGUAGUGAUGGAAAGAAAAUGUUUGAAAAUUAAGAGCUUGAUGUCUUAGCGCAUCAGUUGUGGAAUGUCCUGUGCACUAAACAUUUAAGAUGAUAACAAAUUUACGAUUGAUAAAAUAUUCUUGUAUUUAAAUUAUUAUUCUUAAUAGCAAAGCUGAUGACUUGCUAGACUUACAAGAUUAGGACUUGAAAAAUUAUCUUGUAGGGUAGAGGUACCAUUAGUGGCCACUGCUCUAUUUCUGGACAUGAUGUACCUUAUUUUAAUCAAUGAAAAGUGUAAAAUAAAAUUUCUAUUUUAAUAUUUGGAUAAAAGUAUUUUUAAAAAUUACUUAUGUUUGCGCGCCUUGUAUAAAUUAUUUUAUUUAAACUUUUCAAGUGUCCAAAACGUCUUAAACGCUACCUUUUUUCGAUAAGAAAUCGUUUUGCUGAGUAAAAUAAUCAUUGUAAUAAUUAAAAUUUUAAACUUUUAAUCAAUUAAAAGUAUUUUUAAACAUAAAUUAUAAAAUUCAUAAUUAAUACAACAUCUUUUGAUUAUAAUAAUAAUCUGUGUAAAAAAAAAUCUUAAAAUUUUACAAAAAUUUUUUCUAUUAACUCAUAAAUUUAAACGACGGCUCAUUUCUGAGGCUCACCUGGAAUUUUUUGAAAAAGGUACAAGACCAGAGUUUUUAUUGAUUUUAAAUUUCAAAAAAAUCAGCUGACAAUUUU